AAUUAUUCCCACUCACCACAACACUCCCCUCAAAACCCCUGUUCAGUCUUUCACCAUGGAAGCUAUUUCAAGCUCCUCUGUAAUUCUCCCUCCUUUUCAACAAUCACAUAACCCUAAACGUCAACUCUCUCUCAAACCUACCUUAUCACUCCCGAUAACCACUCAUCUGGCAGCCGUUGCCAGUCACGUUUCAGGCGAUUCCGAUGACGAUCCCCAACAACUUCUUCAUAAUAUCUUCGAUUUUCCUCCUCAACUUCCCGAGUCUUCUUAUUCGGGUGAUUCCGGUCAAGUUCAUAGCAAAGAGGACUUAAAGACGGAUACACAUGAAGUGGGGCACAGAGGUGGCACCAGGGCUGGUCUUUUCCGAACCCCUAUAUCAGGGGGAGUGCAGAGUGCAACCUCUGUUAACGACUUACCUAAACCCGCUGUGGCAGUCCGUAAUUUGAUGGAACAGGCUAGGUCUGCUCACUUGUCUACUGUUAUGUCACGAAUGCACCAAAGAAAUAACGGGUACCCUUUUGGUUCACUGGUAGAAUUUGCACCGGAUGCAAUGGGACAUCCGAUAUUUUCUUUCUCACAGUUGGGUAUACACACACGGAAUCUGUUAGCAGAUCCAAGAUGUACCUUAAUGGUUCAGAUACCUGGAUGGAGCGGUUUGUCAAAUGCACGUGCUACAAUUUUCGGUGAUGUUUACCCACUUCCUGAGGAUGAGCAGCAGGAAUGGGCACAUAAGCAGUAUAUAGCAAAACACCAACAAGCACCUUCACAACAGUGGGGAAACUUCUACUACUUUAGGAUGCAAAAUAUAAGUGAUAUAUAUUUUAUUGGAGGUUUUGGCACGGUUGCAUGGGUUAAUGUCAAAGAAUACGAGUCUCUUCAACCUGAUGAGAUUGCUGUUAAUGGCAGUGAGCAGAAUCUGAAGGAGCUGAAUACAAUGUUUUCCAAGCCGCUAAAAGAGCUAUUUUCAUUGGAGAGCGAGGUGGAUGAUGUUUCUCUGAUAUCAAUCGAUAGCAAGGGAGCAGAUAUUCGUGUCCGUGAUGGUGCACAGUUUAACAUACAGAGGUUGGUAUUUGAAGAAUGGGAUGGGAUAAAAACAGUGGAGGAAGCCAAAGUAGCACUGUGGAACUUGGUAAAUAAAGGUGGAGUCUAUAGAGUUCACAAGUGAAGAGUUACUUGCAAGACUUUAUGUAACAGCAGUAACUUUGGUUUUCUUGUUUCUGUUUCUGUUUGGACUUGGACUAAUAAUCAAUGUAGAUUGUUAAUAAGUUUAGAUGGAAUGGGUUUGGAUUAAUAAUCCAUUUUUGUUGGCUAA